CACAGAGCUGGGGCGCCGUGGGGAUGGAUUGAAGUCGUCGGGCCCGUAACUCCCCUCCCUCUGCCUUGGGGCCUGUCACCACCGAAUCGCCGAGGCCCCCGGCAACUUCCCUGAGCUGCGCCACCCGCCUGGGAGAGUUUGAGAGGUUUGGUCUCCCUGGGCGACGAGGCCGUAUGUCCGGGAAUAGAUGCGCACACCCAGGAAUUGGAGAGGCGGUGCGGAGCUCCUGUUUGACGGUGUGAAGAAGCAUCAGGUCACCUUGCCUGGACAGGAGGAACCCUGGGACAUCCGCAGCCUCCUUGUCUGGAUCAAGAAGAAUUUGCUAAAAGAGCGGCCAGAGCUGUUCAUCCAAGGAGAUAGCGUCUCCUGCCAUCCAUGCCCUGCUACUCACCACCGUCUUUCCCACAGGCGGCCAGGGAUUCUGGUGCUGGUUAACGAUGCCGACUGGGAAUUGCUGGGUGAGCUGGACUACCAGCUUCAGGACCAAGACAGCGUCCUCUUCAUCUCCACGCUGCACGGCGGCUAAGGGCCCCUCUGUGUGCCGGGCCCCCUUGGGGUGGAGAGAGCAGAAGAAUCAGACAGUCCCUUGGGGCCCUACUUCCAGAUCUUCCUGUCCCCCUUGGCUGCUUUCUUCCCUACUUUGUCCCUUGAGCUCCCUCCAGGCAGGGAAAAGAGGCCAGGUGCUAAAAAUGAGCCUUUCUUGGGCACGUGAGCAGGGGAAGGCAGGCGCCCGAGCCGGGCACUCCUCCUCCCAGCAGCUGAGAUGGGGGAGGGUGCCCCUCCGCGUGGCCGGUGCCACUCUGUGCGGCCAGGUGACCAGCUGCUGUCCCUCCUUGUGUCUCCCUGAGUGACUGCUGACGAGGCACUGCCGCUCCUGGGCUGCGGUGCCUUCCUGGGGAAGAGGAAUGCACCUCACUAGCUGACGGCAGGCCCCUCCCCUCUCAAAGCAGGGAGGAGCCUCCGCCUCAGUUUCCCCAUCUGGACAGCAGAGGGCUCUGCCUGUCCCCCAUUGAUAUCAUUAUGGAACCCCAGCUGGGGUCCCCUAUUCAGCACCGACCACCCCCCCCAACACACACACACAGCAGCUGCUCCUCCAACCACACCCCUCCUCCUGCUCCCCUACCCACAGCCCUUGACCCUGGCCAGCCUCCCCCUACACAGGCCACCAGAUGGGCUCCUGAGACCCUCCCCACCCCCAAGGCAAAAGGCUGCCUGUGUGCAGCUCAUUCCGCUGGGGGUGGAGAGCGGGAGGGUGUACGCGAGGCCUUGGACUGGCAAAUAGAGGCCUGGGGUGGGGGGCGGUCUAUGUGCCUCAGUUUCCUCCCCAACGACAACAGAAUUUUUAUAUCUGAAAACUGAGGGGACUUCCCUGGUGGCUCAGACAGUAAAGAAUCCACCUGCAAUGCAGGAAAUGUAAGUUCGAUCCCUGGGUUGGGAAGAUCCCCUGGAGAAGGAAAUGGCAGCCCUCUCCAGUAUUCUUGCCUAGAGAAUCCCUUGGACAGAGGAGCCUGGUGGGCUACAGUCCAUGGGGUCGAAAGAGUCGGAUACAACUGAGUGACUGACACACAUACAAAAUUGAGAUACUUGAUGGUGCAAGGGCACACUUUAUCUACUCUCCCAUCUCCUGCAGGAAGCAGGAUGGGGCAGGCAGCACCUGGGAGGCAGGGUGACUCCCCCCACCCCCAUCCCUUCUGGAAGUCUUGGGGCCUCAGUGCCUGCAACAGCUGGCCUUGGGCAAAUAAAAGACUAAGUUGUUUACUGGC